AUGACACCUCUAAGCCUCAUUUGGACGCUCUCAUGUCUGGUUUUGGUGAAUUCUGCUCCUGUUACAACAUUAAACCAUUCACUUCUGGAUCUUAAAUCUGUUCAUGUUGGAGACAGUGUGACCUUGCAGUGCGAAUACCAUGAUAAAUCUGCAGUAUUAUUUUUCUGGUAUAAGCAAACUCUGGCACAAAAACCACAGCGGAUGUCUUCAUACUAUGAGCAUAAUACUGAAGGAAGUUUUAAUGAUGAGUUUAAGGAUAAUCCACGAUUCUCACUGGAUAAUAAAAACAGCCUGACGAUUUCAGAUUUACGCAUUUCAGAUUCUGCCAUGUACUUCUGUGGAAGUACCAAUUUAGACAGCUUUUACUUUGCAGAGGGUGUUACUGUCAGGGUAGAGGGUUCAUAUUUGAACGUCCAGACUUCGGUCCGUCAGUCUGAAUCUGAAAGCGUCCAUCCAGGAGACUCUGUGACUCUGAACUGUACGGUUCAUACUGGGACCUGUGAUGGAGAACACAGUGUUUACUGGUUCAAAAGUUAUGAAGAGGAGCCACAACCAGGAAUUAUCUACACCCACAGAGGCAGAAAUGACCAGUGUGAGAAGAAAAACGACACAGAAACAAAAACACACACCUGUGUCUACAACCUGCCCAUACACAGUGUGGAUCACACUCAUGACCAGACUUACUGUGCUGUUGCAUCAUGUGGACGAGUACUGUUUGGACCCGGGACCAGGUUGGAUUUACACAGUAAGUACCUAUAG